AUGGCCGCCUCUGCAGCUGCUGCAGUGCUUCCAGCGGCAGGCAGUGCAAUCGCCCGCGCUGGACUGGGAAAUCUGAACUCAGACAUCGCAAUCAGGCUGCCAAGACACUCAUCGAUAGUAAAUGGAGCAUUCCGAGGGCAACGAGUUAAGAGACGAGCAGCAGCGAGAAAUGUCCUGAGUUAUAGGACAAGGCCGACGAUUUGUUUGGGACGCCAUGAUCGUGACCAGGACAGUGAGAAUUCAAAGCCUUCUUUGGCUGACAUUUGUCGAUGCCUUCAGCACUGCUUUUUCGAGAUUUGUGUGGAGAACAGGGGCAGGCCUGCGGGCACGGCAUUGCAUGAAUUCGUGGGCGCUGCAGUGGCUGCUUACCUAGCUGGCCACACCCGCGAUAGGCUUUCUCUCCAGCUCGCUUAUGGAGACAACGGGAUGGAAGAGUCGAAGCUGGAAACGGAGGGUUUCAGACUCACAGCGUCCGAAGAGCAAUAUCGGUCACAGUGGUUGGACACGAUAUAUACUACUUUGCAAUUUCUCAAGGUGGUGGACAAUCAAGCCUCCAGAUCUUCACCUGUGACAGCCCAAACGGAUUCUCACUUAUUCAGCAUAGUUAGACGAGUUGUCGAGGGACAGCAAUCAGGUGAUGAGCAAAGCUUUGUGAAAUUUGAUCGAGGAUUAGCCACGAAAGGGGCAUCGGGCGGAGCAAUUGCACAGAGAGAGGCUGUGGCUCCUCAAUUCAUCCCUCUGACACAACUCGUCCUACUCACAAUGAAGGUUGUGAAUGAGGACAUCAGCGUGUAG